CAGGAACGUGGAGGCGGAAGUGGCUGGGAAAGGAAUGGGGGUGUUGAAUUUGGAUGUUGGAGGGGACGCUGGUGGACGGACUGGGUGCAUGGAGUUGGUGUCGAUGGAGGAUCAGGACUCCAGGGUCCCAGCCCUGGAAGCAUUCAGGGUGGAGCAGGCACCACCUGUAAUCUACUAUGUCCCUGACUUCAUCUCCAAGGAAGAGGAGGAGUAUUUGCUUCGACAGGUCUUCAAUGCCCCAAAGCCAAAGUGGACCCAGCUCUCCGGGAGGAAGUUACAGAACUGGGGUGGGCUUCCCCAUCCUCGGGGGAUGGUUCCUGAGCGACUGCCCCUGUGGCUCCAGCGCUACGUGGACAAAGUGUCUGACCUCAGUCUUUUUGGGGGUCUCCCAGCCAACCACGUCCUUGUGAACCAGUAUCUGCCUGGGGAGGGCAUCAUGCCCCACGAGGAUGGGCCACUGUACUACCCGACGGUCAGCACCAUCAGCCUGGGCUCCCACACCAUGCUGGACCUCUACGAGCCGCGACAACCAAAGGAUGAUGACCCUACAGAGCAGCCCCGGCCCCCUCCCCGGCCGGCCAUCUCGCUGCUGCUGGAACCGCGCAGCCUCCUGGUGCUCCGUGGCGCCGCCUACACGCGCCUCCUCCACGGCAUCGCAGCAUCCCGCGUAGACCCACUCGACACCGCCUCCUUGCCACUCAACGCCGCUGCCUGCCCGUCGGCGCGGCCAGGAGCCUGCCUGGUCCGCGGCACCCGCGUCUCGCUGACCAUCCGCCGGGUGCCCCGCGUGCUGCGCGCGGGCCUCCUGCUUAGCAAGUGACACCUGGCCCCAGGACCCGCUGGGCUUCCCCGGGCUCUCACCUCCUCCGGACAGCUGCGAUCCUGCAACCUUGAAAUCCUGGGGCAGAGGCUUCUUCCCCUGGUUAUUUUCCCAAUAACUUUGUGGAAACCACGGGGAAAGGCCCCAUUUCAAAUAAACCAACAAAAAUCUU